CUGAGUAAGGGAAGGGACUGCUUGAGGGGUUUCGCACUUAGGGUGGGGGAAGCUUUCUUUAAACUAUAUUCUUUCUUGCAAUUCAUGUAUAAUUAAACAUUUUCUAGUUUUAGUAACCUUAUUGCUAUAUGAAAUUUUAAGCGUGAACAAUAAGAGUAUAUUUUGCAAGCUGUUCUAAAGAGAAACAUAACGCAACAUUUGUAACGUAAGCUGACCUACCUCCCGCACCCUGUACAAGAUGAUUGAAACACUAGUAACAUCUGAAGCUCAAGAACUUCUUUACCAGCUGAACUCACUUUUGGAGCAGGAGAUAAAAUGCCAGCCAAAAGCUUGUGGUUUGCGUCUUAUUGAAACGUCCCAUGAUAAUGGCCUAAGAAUGACUGCCAGGCUUCGUGACUUUGAGGUGAAGGAUUUGCUUAGCUUAACUCAGUUCUUUGGUUUUGGUACAGAAACAUUCUCUUUAUCUGUGAACCUCAUGGACAGGUUCUUAGCGAAAAUGAAGGUACAACCUAAACAUUUAGGUUGUAUAGGGCUGACCUGUUUCUACCUUGCUGUGAAAGCAAUAGAAGAAGAAAGAAAUGUGCCUCUUGCAACAGACUUGAUAAGAAUAAGCCAGUAUAAAUUCUCUGUGUUUGACAUGAUGCGAAUGGAAAAGAUUGUGCUAGAAAAGCUUGGUUGGAAAGUGAAAGCUACAACUGCAUUACAUUUCUUGCAACUCUAUCAUUCCCUUGUCUAUGAAAACCUGACUACUGAAAGGAAAAAGCUGUUUGUCUUUGAAAGGCUUGAAUCGCAUCUUAAAGCCUGUCAUUGUAGAAUUGGGUUUUCAAAAGCCAAGCCAUCUGUAUUGGCACUGUCUAUAAUGGCAUUGGAGAUGCAGGAGCAGAAGUUGUUUGAGCUGAAUGAUGCUAUUGAAUGCCUCCAGAAACAUUCCAAGAUUGGCAGCAGAGACAUUUUGUGUUGGAAAGAAAUGGUAUCAAAGUGCCUUGCAGAGUAUUCUUCAAGCAAAUGUUCCAGGCCAAAUGUUCAGAAGCUGAAGUGGAUUGUGUCAGGACGUACAGCACGACAGCUGAAGCACAGCUACUACAGAAUAGCGCAUCUCCCUACAAUUCCUGAAUCUGCCUCUUAAGAGGUCCUCCAUUGAAAAUUAAACCUCCAUCUGACGAUGCUUAUGGACUGUGGUUUACCUGAAAUUCUCUUAACUGAAGACUGGAGGGGGAAAAAAUAAACUUGGCAGCUAAUUUUGCAGUUCCCUGAAGUGUUGAACAGAUUUUUUUUUUCAUAGCUGUAUGGAAAUAUGGACAUGACAUGUUUAUUUAUUGUAUUGACAAAUACUUUUUUUUUAUUAUUAUUAAUACAACCAUGGGAUAGCGAAUUACCAGUUACCAUAUCGGUAUUAGAUUUUUGACUUUUUGGCCAAUGAAUUUGCUGCCUCUUUAGGAAGCAGUUCCUCCCCUCUGUCCCCAUGUGAAGACUUAUGGAAUAAUGGAUUUCAACAAUAGGUGUCUGGUCAUAAACCUGAUUUAAUCCACAAUUAAGCUUAACAGAAAUAGUUAGUGUUUCUACAGUUAGAGGUGAAUGUAACACUAAGGGGUAGUAUGUAAGGCUAUUGCUGUCUUACUUUGACUUUACCUAUAAAUGAGAGACUGGUAAAGUGAUUGUCAGUUACACUGCCCACAUAUCAAAAUGCACUUUAUCUGGAAUAAUCGGCAUUUCUAUUGGUUGAGGUUUGGAUACAAAUUAGUAUCGUGUGAACUAGAAAUACCUUUUUAUUAUUCUGUUGUCUAUAGAUUAGAUUCUUGCUGUUUUAUGGAUUACAGAAAUGUAAUGAAAUGUUAGAACUUCUUUGUAUUUAUAAGCACACAUUAAUAUCCUUUAAUUUUCACAAUGCUGAAAAAUAGCAAUACAAUAUUAUCCUUCUGAAAAUUGUUUUUUUCUUCAAAAUGAGCAGAGUUCAGUGUAGCUACUGCCUUGCCUUUAGUAAGAGAAGGGAGCUACCAAUUUAAAAACAUAAAGGGACAUUGAAAACUAAAUGCAUUUCAUGCAUCUCUCUAAUAAUGCGUUACACCAUUUUGGAAUUUGGGUUAGGCUGCAGAUAUCUGAAGGUCAGUAGCUGCACAUGUGCAAACAUGUCGGUACAGGAUUGAAAUGUGAAUUUCAACAUGGUGACACCUAUGGCUAGAUUGAGGCGGGGAAUGUUUAUUGUCCAUUAAGGUUCUACUGUCAGAUGAUUUAUGAAGCAAAAGUAAUCUAAGUAUGGGCAAGAAAGUGACUGAAGCUAGUCCAUAUGUUUCCUAGCAACCACUACAAAGGGAAACCUUUCCCUUUUUGUAGAGACCCCUUGUGGGGCUGUGGCAGGAAGUAAUGGACUUUGCACACAUGACGUUAAAGGUAAAAUCCUCUUAAUACAAAACCAUUGCAAUACAUAUUCAUCAUUUUUAAGUAUAACCCACAGCUUAUUUUUUUUUUUUCUUCAACUAUAAAACAGUGUGCGUUUACUUUCUUUACAAAAUUACUGUAUGCCUACUUUCUGCUAUUCUUUUCUGAACAUAGAUCCCCCAACAUAACCUCUGUUUAAAAAAAAAAAAAAUGGGCAUUGUGUAUACUUCCAGUUCAUGAAUUAAUAGCAAGUUUCACAGGACAGAAUACUAAUUGUUUCCCAAUAUAUUUGUGUCAAUAUGUUGGAUUUUUCUUUAUCUUGACAAAUGGAGUACUAGAAUGUUAAGAUUUUUAUUUUGCCUGUAUUUGUUACAUUUGUAAUCUGUGACUUCCUAUCUAAAUUUUAAAUGUAAAGUUUUGAGGCAGAAAUAACUUCUUUAAAAAAAGUGAAUUUUUUUUUUCUUUUUAAAAAAACAAAACUCAUUUUAAGCACUUCUAUUGAAUCAACCUAAAUGUUGUGGUUUUGCAUUACUGUCUUCUAUCAUGCACUGUUCUAAAGGUAAUGUUACUGGGAUAAACUAAUGCAAAGUAUUUAAACUGAAAGUGAUAUCUUUGAGGAAGCUGAGAGCAAAAUGUUAGACCAUCAUACUGUGACAUGUAACUAUUUAUCUGCACAUGUACUAGUGGGGCACUUCAGUAAGCUCAUAUAUAAGUAAAUAUGGUAUGCAUAAACUUAAUGCAUGUAGAGGUGGAACCCUGUUAAAGUUUAAAACUAUAAUUUUAAAAAUCCUUUUUUUUUUUUUUAGGUGGCGAAGCACUAUAGUGUUGGUUAGUUUUAAAUUUGGUUCCAUUUUUUUUCCCCAUAUGGAAACACGGAGUAUUUAAAAUAUUACUGCAACCUGAAAUUCUCAAAUUUAGCUAAUAUAACAGGUUUUAUGGUCAACCCAAAUCAGAUUGAAAAAGUCAUUGUUGCAUAGUGGGGUGGGUUUUUUGCAUUUAUUUAUAUAUAUAUAUAUAUAUAUAUAUAUAUAUAUAUAUAUAUAUAUAUAUAUAUUAAAACUUGAUGCCUUAAAUGUAUAAUCUACAAGAAAUGGUUGAUGGAUGUUUCCUCAUUGUUUACUGAAGUGCCCCUGUAAAAUGCAGUAAGAAUUGUGCCUUUCAAUAAAUUUAUUGAAAUUUU